AUGUCAUCCGUUCUUCGAGCCGACGUUUACGUCUCAUCUCGUCUUCCAAUUGCCAUUGAAAGAGCCGGUGGCUCGAGUGCCUUCUCGCCUAUCUCAUGCACUCUGAUUCAGGGCCAAUCAGAAGCUGUCUUGGUUGAUACCCCAAUUUCUGUGUCCCAGACUGAAGACCUAGUUUCAUGGAUCAAGCAAACAGCCAUCGGCAAAGACCUGAAAUACGUCUACAUCACGCACGGCCACGGUGAUCACUGGUUCGGAAUAUCGAUCAUUCAAAAGCACUGGCCAAAUGUGCGAGCGAUUGCUACGCCUGCCACUGUCUCCAGUAUGAAAGAGCAGGUUUCUCCGGAGAAGUUUGAGGGGAUAUGGCUCAAAUUUUUCCCGGGCGACCAAAUUCCUCAGCCUCUUGUUCUAGCGUCAGCAAUGGACUCGGACAACUUUGAGAUUGAGGGACACACCUUCCGGGCAAUUGAAGUUGGCCACUCUGACACUCAUGAUACAACCAUUCUUCAUGUCCCGAGUAUAAACCUAGUUGUAGCAGGAGAUGUGGUGUACGGGGACGUCCAUCAAUAUUUCGGUGAAGCAAACACCACCGAGAAGAGGAAAGAAUGGCUUCGUGCGAUCGACAUGAUCGAAGCUCUGAACCCUCAAACUGUUGUCGCAGGCCACAAGCGGGCCGGCACCGUGGACGGAGUAUUCAACUUGAGAACGACAAGACAAUACAUCGAAGACUUUGAAAGCGCAACCAAAACUACAUCAAACUGGCAAGAGCUGUGGGAAAGAAUGCAAUUAUUGUAUCCUGGACGCAUUAAUCCGCAUGCAAUUCUUGCAGGGGCAAUGGCCGCCUUCCCUAGUGAGGCAAAGAUAUAA